CAUGCUAUAAAUAUAAAUUUUUGAGCAUCGAAGGAGUGUCUCUCUUUUUCACUCACUCUGCACCCACCAUUACUCAGCACUGCCACUCUUCAAUCACACUAAUGGCUGUCACCUUCUCAGAUCUUCACACCGAAGAGGGCAUCAAAUCCCUCGAUCAAUUCCUUUCUGGGAAAACCUAUAUCUCUGGGGAUCAAUUGACAAAGGAUGAUAUCAAAGUGUAUGCAGCUGUUGUGGAAAAGCCAGGAGACUCUUUUCCUAAUGCUGCUAAGUGGUACGAUGCCGUCUCUUCUCAACUUGCUCCAAGCUUCCCUGGGCACGCUCAAGGGGUAAGAUUCAGUGGCGCUGCUGCUCCAGCUGAAGCUGCACCUGCCAAAGCGGCUGCCACUGCUGAAGAAGAUGAUGAUGAUCUUGAUCUCUUUGGUGAUGAGACAGAGGAGGAUAAGAAGGCAGCAGAGGAAAGGGAGGCUGCUAAAAAGCCUGCCAAGAAAAAAGAGAGUGGCAAGUCUUCUGUCCUUCUCGAUGUUAAGCCUUGGGACGAUGAGACCGACAUGAAGAAGCUGGAAGAGGCUGUCCGUAGUAUUGAGAUGCCUGGUUUAUUGUGGGGAGCAUCCAAACUAGUUCCCGUGGGAUAUGGUAUCAAGAAGUUGCAGAUCAUGAUGACUAUUGUUGAUGACCUUGUAUCAGUGGACACUCUUGUUGAGGAACGCUUGACAGUUGAGCCAUGCAACGAGUAUAUCCAGAGCUGUGACAUUGUUGCAUUCAACAAAAUCUAAGUUUUCUUGUUGACUUUUGAGUUUGGCCAUUUUCAAGCGGCUGAUCAGUCUGUUACUCUUCCUUUAAUCGUUCAUGUUUGGUCUGUUUCAAUGGUGGUUUUCUUGCAAGAAUUGUGAGAAGUAAAGAGAUAUUAUAGAUAUAUCAAGUAUCCAUGUUAUGGUGGUUUUCUUGAAUUAGAUAUAUGGGAUUAAAAUAACUGAACGAUGUGCUUCCAUUUAAAUUUUGAUAAGUUUCUCAAAACCUCUAAAUUUCAUUGAAUGAGCUUCAGGCUAUAUAGAAUAAAACCAGUUUGGUUUUUGACUUA